AUGUCCGCCAAAUCUAUCCUCGAGGCCGACGGCAAGGCCAUUCUCAACUACCACCUCACUCCCGACCCCUCUCCCGCCCUCCUCCACACACAACCCCCCGCUCGUCUCGCCUCCCUUCACUUCCCCGAAGACAAGGCCGUUAAGGAUGUCCUUGACCAGGCCGAGGUCACCUACCCGUGGCUGUUGUCCCCCAAUGCCAAGUUCGUCGCGAAGCCCGACCAAUUGAUCAAGCGUCGAGGCAAGAGUGGCCUGCUGGCCCUGAACAAGACCUGGGCUGAGGCCCGUGAGUGGAUUCAGGCUCGUGCUGCCAAGGACGUUCAGGUUGAGACCGUCACUGGUGUCCUCCGUCAGUUCCUUGUCGAGCCCUUCGUGCCUCACCCCCAGGAGACCGAAUACUACAUCAACAUCCACUCCGUUCGUGAGGGUGACUGGAUCCUCUUCACUCACGAGGGUGGUGUCGAUGUUGGCGAUGUUGACGCCAAGGCCGAGAAGCUGCUGAUCCCCGUCAACCUCAAGAACUACCCCUCGAACGAGGAGAUCGCUGCGGCCCUGCUCAGCAAGGUGCCCAAGGGUGUUCACAAUGUCCUGGUGGACUUCAUCUCCCGCCUGUACGCCGUCUACGUCGACAGCCAGUUCACCUACCUGGAGAUCAACCCUCUGGUGGUCAUCCCCAACGCCGAUGCCACUUCCGCCGACGUGCACUUCCUCGACCUGGCGGCCAAGCUUGACCAAACCGCCGAGUUUGAGUGCGGCACCAAGUGGGCCGUUGCCCGUAGCCCCGCCGCUCUGGGCCUGACCGCCGUGGCCUCGGCUGACGGCAAGGUUAACAUCGACGCUGGCCCGCCAAUGGACUUCCCCGCUCCCUUCGGCCGUGAACUGAGCAAGGAGGAGAAGUUUAUCUCCGACAUGGAUGCUAAGACUGGUGCUUCGCUCAAGCUGACUGUGCUCAACGCCAGCGGUCGCGUGUGGACUCUUGUUGCUGGUGGUGGUGCCUCAGUCGUCUACGCCGACGCCAUUGCCUCGGCCGGGUUCGUCAGCGAGCUGGCCAACUACGGCGAGUACUCGGGUGCCCCCACCGAGACCCAGACCUACAACUACGCCCGCACGGUCCUGGACCUGAUGCUGCGUGCCCCCACUCACCCUGAUGGCAAGGUUCUGUUCAUUGGUGGUGGUAUUGCCAACUUCACCAACGUGGCCAGCACCUUCAAGGGUGUUAUCCGUGCCCUGCGCGAGGUGGCCCCGGUCCUCAACGAGCACAAGGUCCAGAUUUGGGUCCGCCGUGCCGGCCCCAACUACCAGGAGGGUCUGAAGAACAUCAAGUCGGUUGGUGUCGAGCUGGGUCUGGACAUGCACGUGUACGGCCCCGAGAUGCACGUCAGCGGUAUCGUGCCGCUGGCGCUGCAGGGCAAGCAGACCGACAUCAAGGAAUUCGGCGCAUAA